CGGCGGAGCGUCGGUUGUAGCAUUCUGCGCGCCCGCUGCUCGGCUCUUGCUUCUGUCUUUCCAUCCGCGCCGCCGCCACCAUGAGGGAGAUCGUGCACCUGCAGGCCGGCCAGUGCGGCAACCAGAUUGGGGCCAAGUUCUGGGAGGUGAUCAGUGACGAGCAUGGCAUCGACCCCACGGGCACAUAUCAUGGGGACAGCGACCUGCAGCUGGAGAGAAUCAACGUAUACUACAAUGAGGCCACAGGAGGAAAUUACGUGCCCAGAGCCGUGCUGGUGGACCUGGAGCCAGGCACCAUGGACUCCGUCCGCUCCGGCCCCUUUGGCCAGAUCUUCCGGCCUGACAACUUUGUGUUUGGUGAGUGCCAGGCAUGGAGUACAGGCAGGGAAGCCCCCUCGCUCCGUUCACUUCCAAAUGCUUAGUGAAAACUCGCCACC